UACUGUAGCGGAUUGCUGCGCAGAUACUAUUUUGAGUAGACGGUUUGCAAUUGGACAUAGUAUACAGGGUAAAUUUUUAGUGUGCUUAUGUGUCUGUGUGUGCGUCGGUUAGUUGUAAAUUAUGUCGGCCUAUACAGGAGGAAUCUCCAGUCCGACAAAACGACAAACUUCCCAACGAGGCGUUUCCCUACCUCCAAUCCAGCAGCAACAACAUCUACGAAGAAAGGCAAAGAUUCUCGCCGAGGUGCUCCGAACGUUUGGAGAUCGCGCUGGACAAUAUGAGACGAAGGAACGUCGUCAAGGAAAGAACUCUGCAACUGAAUGGAUACUCUUUGCACCAGCCCCUGAGGAGCCAGCCGUACGACAUGUAUGUCACUGAUAUGAGAGUUAGACUACCCCAGACUAAUACGUGGGUGAGGGUAGACAAAUGCAGAUUUGAUCCAAGAAACACUAGUCUUGAGACAAGGCUGCUAUUCAACGAUCUGACUAUAAGCGGAAGGGUGAAUUUGUUCAACGAGCUAGAGCUCCAACGGGAACCUGUUGAUCCAGUGCCAGCGGAUUCUUGUAGAAUGAUUCUACGACUAAGGAAAGCAGGAAUUGGGUUUCACACAGAACCCAUUCGCCGAGAGCGUGGCCAGUUCAACGUCAGAACCGACUCCCAUUUCGUCGAACCUGGCUUCAUCUCGGUGUAUGCCUACGGUUGCGAACCUCGCUUACGACAGCACAGACGGCAGUUGCGUGAGGAGGAAGAGGAGGAUCUAUCGAGGGAGAUGGAGGACAUCUUCCUCAAAGGCAUACGGUCACUCCUCACGACAUACAUGCAGAAGGAGCUCCAGCCGGCUAUCAAGGAGACGCUUAUGAGGAAUAUGGGCUAUACUGUGUCGUAUGGAUGACAGAUUUAGGAACUGUGUGAUUGUAUUUAAAGUGAAAGACUCCUUAGAUAAUUAAGCAUUCGCUGAGUGCGCGAUGACAGCGCCACCUAUCAGAUUUCGGACAGAAAUACUUGCGUUUGACAAUGUAUAACCUACAAAAUUGAUAUCAAUGAAAAAGACGGACAUUUAGUCAAUUUGAGGUUAGAAAAAAUUUCAAACUGAUAAUUCUCUUUUGAUCUGAUACAAAAAAACUCACAAAGCUUUAAGCAUUCUAGAAAUCGCGCAGGAAUGCUAAAGCUUCAUUAUUCUUUAUUUUUUGUUACCUCCGGAAUGUUCUAGAAAAUAGUUUAUCAAAAUUCUAGAUCCUCAAGCACUUUUGAGUUACGAUCACUGGUCAGUAAAAAAAACUGUUCAAUGAAAUUUUAGCGCAUAAAAAAGACGGUUUUUGGCAGGUGACAGUAAAACUACAGGAAAUAACGGGUGAUUUUUUAAGAGGUAUAGGAUUUGAUUUUCAAAAAAAAAAACACAAGAAAUUUGAAAAAACGAUUAAAUCUUUAUUUGAGUCGUUAGAACGGUUGAUAUAAUUUAAUGUUUAAAGAUUAUUUCAUGUAAAUGUUGGCCGCGGCUCCGCUUUAGAUGGCCCAUGCGCAAGGUCCAAUUUUGGCACACUCUCUCCAACAUAUCGGCCGGUAUCUCACGAAUAAAUGCUUCAAUCUUGGCUUCCAGUGCGUCAAUCGUUGCUGGUUUAUCCCUGUAGACAUUAGCCUUAACAAGCCCCACAAGAAAUAGUCCAACGGCGUCAAAUCACACGAUCUAGGCGGCCAACUGACGAAGCCCCAAACGUGAGAUAAACUGUUCACCGAACUCGCCUCUCAAUAGGGCCAUUGUUUCGUGUGCGGUGUGGCAUGUGGCACCGUCUUGUUGAAACUACAUGUCAGCCAAGUCCAGCUCUUCCAUUUUGGGCAAAAAAAAGUUUGUUAUCAUCGCACGGUAGCGCUCGCCAUUGACAGUUACGUUCCGGCCAUUGUCGUCUUUGAAGAAGUACGGCCCGAUGAUGCCACCGGCCCAUAAUCCAC